CUUUGCUAAAGAUCGGACAGCGUUUUAUACCAGUUACAACGUGACUGGAAUGCUUUGUAAUGUACCAAAGUUUCAUACAAGUACAAAGUACCUACUGAAUGCCAAGAAGCUGGCUUGCAUUUGGCUCAGCCUUACCCCAACUCUCCAGCCCCACCAGCAAGGCUACCGCAUCCUGGAGGAACAACCCAACAGCUCCGCCAUUGAACUUUGGCACAACAGUCUGCAUCCCGACAUUGAAGGCUCCGGCAUUCUCAAAGUUUGAUCCAGGUAGUUACGGGUUCAAAAUCAGCGACACCUCUUCAAGGUUGAGGACACAGCAUUCCGAAUCUCUUGACAUGGAGCAAACCAGAGCUCUCAAUGCUCUCGAGCCCUUCCUGGCUCUCAGUAAAUCAGCUACGUCUCCCCGCGCCGCAGCCGAUUUGAUCGUGCGAGCGACCUCGGCGCCGAAUACCUACAUCUUCACCGAGUUGCUGCAGACUCCGCAGGUCCAAGCUCUCGCCUCAUCCCCAGAGUUCGCGCCGUUCUUGACCCUUCUCCAAAUAUUCAGCCAUGGCACCUACUCCUCAUACACUUCUACCCCCGGCCUCCCGGAGCUCAACGAGGCACAGCGCCUGAAGCUCCGCCAGCUCUCCCUCCUAACCCUCGCCAAGAAGGACAGCAGGACCAGCACGGCCAGCUCCCCAGCCCUCGACUACGCGUCCCUACAGAAGGCCCUCGACCUCCCCUCUCGUCAAGCCCUGGAAGAGCUCGUCAUCAGUGCGGUCUACGCCGGCCUUCUCAAAGCCCAGCUCAACCCGAAGGCCUCGGUCGUCCAAAUCAACAGUGUCUCGCCCCUGCGCGACGUCGCACCCUCCGACAUCAGCGAUCUUCUGGCCUCCCUGCAAGCCUGGGCCGGACGGUGCGACGCGACGUUGGAGUCCCUUUCCGCGCAGAUGAACCAAGUCCGAGCCGAGGCCGACCGCCGGGCGGCGCGGGCAGCCGCUCGCGCCGAGGAGACACACAAGCUCAUGGAGAAGGAGCAGAAGGCACCACAAAUUCGAUGAACAGCAUGCUGACGGUUGGCGGCGGC